GUAAUGAGUGAAGGGUAGUGUUUGCGUAAUAGUGAUCCCGUUAAGCGGUGCCAAACAUGCCACGUCCGCCUUGCUGCCUCCUGCUUCUUCUCUACCGCUGCCUCAGCCACAACACCCGCUGCUCUUCUGCUUUCUCACCCUUCUCGGUGCUGCUCGGAGCUAUGGCGUGAGUGUGGGCUCCAUAUCAGAUGUGAGAGUUGUGGACAAAAUUUGACAAACUGCCAUCACUUACACGAGCCCAGUGCUUUGACGUUCCCAUGUCAAAGUUAUCUCAAGAAGACAUGUUAGAAGGCAGUAAUAUGGGGCUUGAUAUGAGGCAAGCAGUAUUCAGUCGAACGCCUCUUUCUUAUAGGGUUGGAAACUCUACACUACAUGUUCAGACCAGGUUUGUAACAUUAGUGGCAGUGGUUGGUCUAAUCAGUCUCCUUGUGCUGUUUAUGAUUAUGCCAACCUCUCGAAUAGGCCCCAGCAACCUCACCAAUGAUUUAUGGGGGCAUGGGGAAGAGCAUGGGCAUGGGCACCAUCAUCAACGAAAUUGGUUCACUUAUUACAACAGUACUUACCCUCUGACUGCACCAAUUUACAGCGAUCGUGGAUAUAUCAAGUAUCGUAUUGCAAUAGUCUCGGAUCUUGACACCAACUCUAAACAUCCUACAGAGAAAGACACGUGGAUCAGCCAUAUGAAAAAGGGACAUCUUACAGUCAAUAUAGAGAAUGAAGAAGUCAGUGUUGAAUGGGACAAGGAUAUUAUAACUUUAAAGUCCAAUAUGGCACAUGGAGGCCGAGGAAUGGAACUGUCAGAGCUAAUUGUUUAUAAUGGAAAGCUGUAUGCAGUGGAUGAUCGUACUGGUAUCAUAUAUGAAAUUGAUCUUCACCAGCACAAGGCAAUUCCUUGGGUUAUACUUCCUGAUGGUAGUGGCAGAGAAAUUAAAGGUUUCAAGAGUGAGUGGGCAACAGUAAAGGAUGAAACUCUGAUUGUUGGUGGACUUGGUAAGGAGUGGACCACGAGUACAGGGGAGCUGGUCAACCACAACCCACAGUGGGUCAAGACUGUCACCACACAUGGCUUCAUUGAGCACCAUGACUGGACAAAGAAUUAUGAAAAAUUACGUGAAUCGGUUGGAAUAUUCUUUCCAGGUUACAUGAUUCAUGAAUCAUGUGCAUGGUCUGAAAGGCUGCAACGCUGGGUGUUUCUUCCACGAAGAGCUUCAAGUACACGCUAUGAUGAGAAUGAAGAUGAGCAUCGUGGUACAGACAUUAUGCUUAAGGCCACUGAAGGAUUUGAAAAGAUUGAGGUAAAGCAUGUGGGAGAGAUCAUAGACACACAUGGCUUCUCAAGUUUCAAGUUUAUACCCGGAACAAAGGACAACAUAAUUGUGGCACUUAAAUCAGAAGAAGUGAAUGGACAAGUGGCAUCAUAUAUCAUGGCUUUCAAUUUAGCAGGAAAAGUGCUCCUGCCAGAAACAAAAAUUGGUAACUAUAAAUUUGAAGGAAUUGAAUUUGUAUAAUACUAGUUAAGAAGUAUUAUCACGAAUCUAUUAAUAAAAGUUAACACUUAUGAAGUUGGAUGCAACUUCUGUAAUACAAAGAAUUUAAGACGCAAUAGAAAAUUUGUUUUAGUAUGUGAUGUUGAGGUUGUGAUGUAUCUCAGUAUUUUAUUAUUUUUUACAAGCUUUAUUAGAAACUUUACCUUCUGUACUUGCAGGUUCCAUUAGUUUAUUUUUAUACAGUAAUUUCAGUAGGCAAAUCUUUAUCAAUUGAGUUCUAAAGUAUCUUUUAAAGUUAUAUUGUACUUGAAGAUGACAGGCUGGACUUAAAAAGCUACAGCAUUGUAUUUGUAGUACAUAUAAACAAUGGUUUCCUCCAUGGUACAGUAGUCUGUAACUGGAGUUUCUUGAAUCUUGAACCGGUAAUGACAUUGUUAUUAAGUAUUGUAUAAAAAAUUUAUGGAUAAACUGUUAAACAUUUUAAUUUUGAAGUAUAAUUUUGUAAUUGUAAGGAUUUGCCUUUGCAAGGCAUUCACUCAACCAGUAUCCAGAAUUACCACCAUGGGCAGUUGUGGAGGGAAUUACUCAGGGCAUUGUGUUACUCCAAAUAUUAAAUUAAAUCUUUAGUGAUUUAAUUCCAUUAAUCUGUUAGAUCAAUUUUGCUUUUCUUCAAAUUAUUUGGACAAUAAUUUUAAUUUAAUCAUAAUUCUUUACGAAAUAAAAUAUUUUUGUAUAUUUUAAUUCAGCGCAUGUGUGUGUGUGUGUGUGUGUGCCGUAAUGGGUGUAUGCGUACUCCUAUUUAUAUUUUAACAAUUAUUUAUCUAUGGUUUUGUGAACUAUAGUGCCUAAUAAAAAUAACUAUAUAUCAGUUAAA